UCUCUCUCUCUCUCUCUUGCAUUUUAUUAUUACAUGGUUUUCAUUCUCUGGUUCCUAUAUUGAAUUCAGGGUUUGCAACAUUAUGCUUCUGCUGCUGUUCUUUUUUACUCUCUCCUUUGCAGGGUUUAGAGCUAAUGCUUUAACAUAUGAUUACACUGCCAGCAUUGAGUGUUUGGCAAAUCCUCAUAAACCUCAAUAUGGUGGAGGAAUUAUCAUAAACCCUGAGUUGAAUCAUGGUCUGAGAGGAUGGUCUACAUUUGGGAAUGCAAAAAUUGAACAAAGAGUAUUAGAAGACAACAAAUACAUUGUCGCUCAUAGCAGAAAUCAGCCAGAAGAUAGCAUAUCUCAGAAGCAUUAUUUGCAAAAGGACAAGCUCUACACAUUCUCUGCUUGGAUACAAGUCAGUGAUGGAGAUUUUCCAGUUAGAGCUGUUUUAAAAACAACUACUGGGUUCAAACAUAUUGGUGCUGUUUUUGCAAAGUCAAAGUGCUGGUCCAUGCUCAAGGGUGGACUCACUGUAAAUGCAUCAGGGCCAGCUGAGCUCUAUUUUAAGAGCAAGAAUGCAACGGUGGAGAUAUGGGUAGAUAGCAUUUCAUUGCAACCAUUCACCCAAGAGCAGUGGAAGUCCCAUCAAGAUCAAAGCAUUGAGAAGGCACGUAAGAGAAAGGUGAGGAUCCAUGCAGUUGAUGAACAAGGCAACCCCUUACCUAACGCAUCUAUCUCAAUUAUACAGAAGAAAGUAAGUUUCCCAUUUGGCACUGCCAUAAAUAAAAACAUCCUCACCAAUACAGCAUACCAAAAUUGGUUCAGCUCAAGGUUCACAGUCACAGUAUUUGAGGAUGAAAUGAAAUGGUAUACCACUGAACCCUCCCCUGGCCAAGAGGACUACACAGCCGCUGAUGCGUUGCUUCAGUUUGCAAAAAAAAACUCUAUUCCGGUCCGAGGCCACAAUGUUUUGUGGGAUGAUCCCUCGAAGGUACAGGGUUGGGUUUCUUCACUUUCACCAACUGAUCUUGCUGUGGCUGUGAAAAAAAGGAUCAAUUCCGUUAUGUCAAGGUACAAAGGCCAGGUUAUUGCAUGGGAUGUUGUGAAUGAAAAUUUGCACUUCUCUUUCUUCGAAGAUAAGCUUGGAUCUACUGCCUCGGCAACCUUUUACAAUGGUGCUCAAGGGAUUGAUGGAACAACUACCUUGUUUAUGAAUGACUAUAAUACCAUAGAGGAUAGCCGUGACAGGUUAUCAACGCCGGAUAAGUACAUACAGAAGCUGAAACAGAUUCAAAGCUUUGCCGGAAACAACAAUCUGAAACAAGGAAUUGGACUUGAGUCUCAUUUCAGCAUUGCUCCAGACCUUGCUUACGUGAGAUCUUCUAUUGAUACUCUUGCUUCCACAGGAUUGCCCAUAUGGAUUACAGAACUUGAUAUUGCAAGUGCCCUUGGUCAACAGGCACAGGCACAGUACUUAGAGCAAGUUCUAAGGGAAUUACAUGCCCACCCUAAGAUCAAUGGAAUCAUAAUGUGGUCUGCAUGGAAACCAGGGGGAUGUUACCAAAUGUGCUUGACCGAUAAUAGCUUCAAUAACUUGCCAACUGGGAAUGUCGUAGACAAGUUGUUGCGAGAGUGGGGUUCUAGCUUGAAAGGCACAGCAGACGGUGAUGGAUUCUUUGAGGCUUCAUUAUCUCAUGGAGAUUACGAACUGAAAAUCAGUCAUCCAAAUGUUACAAGUUUCUCCUUGGCUCAGAGUCAGAGGUUUGAGGUGUCGUCAGCAGAUACAUUGGAGCAAACAACAUUGCAUCUCCAAGUUUCAGCAUAAGUGGUUUUCUGUUUUAAUAAAUUGAUAAUUAUAAGAAGGCUAGGGAAGCGUAAUUUGGUCCCUAAACAUCUUCUUUGAAACAUCAUGAGAUUUUAUUUGAGCUUCAAGAAUCUUAGUAGCAUCAAUGAUUCUCAUGAGCUAGAAUGAGCUAUACAUGAGACCAUGAAAUGAUUUGAGUUGUUUAAGUACUAUGAUUACACUAUUAACUAUCAUCUCUGCAAGGCUACGUCAUUAUUGAUGCACUUAGUCGAAAGUCUCCAGUUAUUUUUCAAAUGCUCUGCAUACCGCUUAGAGGAAGAUCCUUAUUGAAAUAGAAAGGUUGGAAGUUGAGGUUGAAUAGGCCAUUCAGAGGCCUACUUCGCUAGCUGAAAGUUCAAUCAACUCUAGUAAAAAGAAUGAAAUUGUUGCAAGGCAGUGACUCUUA